AUGCAGCGGCUUUACACUCUAGCUUUCCUGUCAUGGUGCAGCGCCCAAGCCCAGGCAAAGGCAGUCUUUGCCCACUUCAUGGUGGGCAAUAGUGCCGAGUUCUCAGAUAAAGAGUGGAAGAAUGACAUUCAACUGGCCCAAAACGCCCACAUCGAUGGGUUUGCGCUGAACAUGGCCCACAACGAGAUGCUCCCCGCGACCCUUGAUAAAGCAUUCGACCAAGCCGAUGAACUCGACUUCAAACUCUUCUUCUCGUUCGAUUAUGCUGGCAACGGAUCCUGGCCGAAGCAAGACACAAUCGAUCUUAUGAACCAGUAUAAAGACCGCCCAGCCUACUACAAGUACGACUCCAAGCCAUUCAUGUCCACCUUCGAGGGCGCAACAUCCAAAGACUGGCCCGAUAUCAAGAAACAAACCGACUCCUUCUUCAUCCCUGACUUCUCGUCAAUCGGUCCCGAAGCGGCCGCCAACAAAAGCUAUGUGGAUGGGUUGUUCAGCUGGGCCGCCUGGCCCAAUGGGCCUACCCGCAUGAACACCUCAGCCGAUGAUGCAUACAGACAUGCGUUGGAUGGCCGCCCAUACAUGAUGCCUGUCUCGCCCUGGUUCUACACCAACAUGCCCGGCUUUGGGAAGAAUUGGGUAUGGGCCGGUGAUAAUUUAUGGUAUGAUCGCUGGGAGGAGGUCAUUUCCUUCCAACCGGAAUUCGUUCAGAUCAUAUCUUGGAAUGACUACGGCGAGUCUCAUUAUAUUGGUCCACUGCAUGAUGAUAGCUAUGAGGCCUUUAACCGCGGGGAGGCCCCCUUCAACUAUGCAAAGAAUAUGCCCCACGAUGGCUGGCGCACAUUCUUGCCGUACGUCGUUGAUCAAUAUAAGAAUCCGAACUCGACAAUUCCCAUCAAGGAAGAGAAUGUCGUGACCUGGUAUCGCCUGCAUCCUGCAUCGGCAUGCACCACCGGCGGCACUACCGGAAACUCCGAGACUCAGGGCCAGGCCGAGUACAAGCCGUCGGAGAUUGUUCACGAUCGCAUUAUGUACUCAGCGCUUCUCAACUCCACGGCGGAUGUUACGAUCACUAUCGGAAAAACCAAAGUGACAGGGAGCUGGGAUAACACCCCCAAGGACGGAAAGGGUAUCUACCAUGGCAGUGUGCCAUUUACCCAGUCCGGGGAAGUGAAGGUGAGCAUAUCGCGAGGCGAUAAGGAGAUAGCCAGUAUCUCUGGAGAGCAUAUCACGUCCGAGUGUCCUAGCGAGGAGAAGGGAUUUCAGAAUUAUAAUGCGUGGGUUGGCACCUCCGGGGCGGAUGGUACCAUGGCACCGUCCACGGCCAUGCGUCUAUUCCCGCUUGGAAUGGUCAUCUUGAUUUUGGCUAGAGAGAUGUUUAUGUUGUAA